AUGAAUAAUACAGGCUUAAAAUUUUUUGAAAAAGAAAAAAAAAUUGAAAUAAAGGAAAUUGAAAAAAAACUAAUAAAUAUUCACAAAUUGGUUUUAUGUAAUUUAGUUAGUUCAAAUAAUUUAUUAGAAAAAAAUAAAGAAAAUAUUUUAUUAUAUUGGAAAAAUUGUUGUUUAAGUGUAACAGAUGUAAAAACAAAUAUAACCUUAUUUUUUGAAAAUUAUUAUGAGCACUUUACAAUAUAUAAUGAAACAAAUAUAUUAAUAGGAGAAUAUUUUAUAUAUUUAAUAAUAUAUUUUAGAAAUAUAAAAAUAAAAAAAAACCCAUUAAAAAUUAUAAAUUUUUAUAUAUUUACAGAUACGAAUAAUUAUAACUGGAAAGAGAAAUUAAUUUUUCAUUUUUUAAAAAAUGCAUUUGUUCAUAUAAAAGAUAAAAAAAAAGAAAAAGAUUAUGAAGAUUAUUAUAAUUGUAAAACAUUAAUUAUUGAAUAUUUAAUUAGUAAUUAUCAUAUAUUUAAUAAUGAACAUAUAAAUAAAUUUUUUUAUAUUUAUAUAUUAAAGUAUAUUAAUGAUAAAUUAAAAAUUGCCUUUUUAAAAAGAAAUCAAAAUUAUUUAAAUAUCUUUGCAAACUAUUUAAUUACGUACCAAAUAAAUGCAACAAUACAUUUUAUAUCUAAAGAAUUAUUACAUAUUUUUUUUCUUAUUUCACAUAAUUUAAGAAACAUAUUAUCGAAUUUUCCAUUUGAUAAGGAUAUAUGUACACAUGUGUGUUUAAUAUAUCAGCAAGUUAAAUAUAUUAUAAUUUAUUAUGAGAAUAUAAUAAAUGAAUCCUUAAAUAAUAAAAAAUGUUCUGAUAAAUUAAAAAAUGUAGGAGUCUACAAAAUAAAUCAAAAUAAUAACAACAGAGAUAAUAUCAUUUAUAAUAAUUAUCAUGAUAAUGAGGAACAUUUGUCUUCUUAUGACAUACCAAAUAAUAAUUCAGAAUUAAUAAAAAAUGAAGAGGGAAAUAUAAAUCAUAAAAAAAACACGGAAAUUAUAUAUAAUGAUUAUAUAAAUGAGAAUAUUUCGAAUUACCAUUUUAUUGAUGAUGUUGCAUUUGAAAAUGUGAUAAGCUCAAAUGAUAAUUUUAAGAAUGAACAAAAUUAUCCAAGUAUUGAAGAAUGCUAUACACGUUUGGAACUCACAAAUAAUAUAAAAAAUUUAUUAAACGAGUGUAAUCAUAUUAUUAAUGAAAAAAAGAAAGAAAAUCCUUUUUUAAUAUUGUGUAAAUAUAGAAGCAUUUUGAUUAUAAAAUAUAAAAAUGUAAAAAAUACGAAUAUUUUUGAAAAUUUCGAUUAUUUCAUCUUGUUUUUUAAAAUAAAAAAUUUAUUAUGUUCAAGUACGAAAAAUCCAUUUUUUAUAUUUCUUUGUAUUGAGAGUAUAAAUUAUUGGUUACAAAAGAGUGAAAAAUUAAAUUAUGUUUUUGAGCAAGGAAGUAAAAUAUGUAGUGAUAAUAAUAUAUAUAGUAAUAACAAUAUAUGUAGUGAUAAUAAUAUAUAUAGUGAUAAUAAUAUAUAUAGUAAUAACAAUAUAUGUAGUGAUAAUAAUAUAUGUAGUGAGGUUGAAAAGGUGAAUCUGGAAAAAUUAUAUAGACAAAACCAUUUAGAUAUGAAAGAAAAUAAUAUUAGUAUUGAACACAUUUCAUCUAAUAAUAUGUAUGAUACUUUAAAGGAUGAUACAAAUUAUAUGAUGAAAGAAAUAAAUAGUAUGAAUUUUAUCUCAUACAAUCAAAAUGAUGCUACAAUUAAAAUAAACAAGAAUAACGCAAGCAUAAAAAGUAAUGAACAGGAGUUGAGAACAUAUCGAGAUAAAAGAGCAUUUGUUAUAAUUAAUUAUGAAAGAUAUUAUUCAAAUGAAGAUAUAAAAAAAUGUAAAGAAAUAAUGUUCCAUAUAAAAUUAGAUGAAAAGUUAUUAAGUGUAGAAGAAACUUUAAAUAUUAAUGAUCUAAAAUUAGAUUUUGAAAUUUUAACAUAUAAAGAAAAAAUAAUAUUUUUAAAAGAAUUAUACAAUUUUAUUAUGAAUACCAUUUUAAUAAUUUUAAAAAAAUAUUGUUGGUAUAAUAUAAAGAAUAUAUGGAAUAGUUGUAUAAGUAUAUAUGAGUUUUUACUUAGUAGUAAAAAAAAUAUAUUUAUAAAAAAUGAUAUAUAUGAACAUUUAACAUAUAUUAUUUUUAAUCAAGAAAAAAAAAGAAAAUAUUUAUGUCUUUCUUUAUUAUUAAAUUAUUUUAAGAAUUCUAUGUGUGAAAAAAACAUAUUGGAAUAUCUAUUUUAUUGUUUCUUUCGAAAUGAUGAAUAUUUUAUGUCUAGUUUAUAUGAAUUAAUAAAACAAUGUAUUAAACAUAUCUUUGUACAUUCUGAAGAUAAAUAUUUAUUGUAUUAUAUAUUUAUAAAAAAUAUUUUACUAACAGAAGAUCUAUUUAUGAAAACAUUUUAUGUAAAAAAAUUUAUCGAGCUUUUUUAUCAAAAUGAUAAUAAUUAUGUAUCUUUUAUUCUGAAUAAGGAAUAUUUCAAAUUAAAAGAUUAUCUUGACCCAGAAUAUGGAAAUAGCCCUUCAACCUCAUCAAAAAAUGAUACAAUAAAAUUAAACUAUAAUUAUUGUAAUGAUAAAAAACAAAAUUAUGGUAUACCAAAAGAAAAAAAGAAUUUUAUUAUGUUAUGGGAUGAAAAUUAUAAAUGUUCGAAUAAUAUGAUGAAUAAAAAUUAUUUUGAAUUUAUAAAUAUUCAUCUAUUUGAAAAAGUAGAAUUGUGUCAAAUAUUUUUUAAUGAAUGUAUAGAUAAAAAAGAUGAUAAUAUUUUCUUGAAUUAUAAAAUUAUUAAUUUAUAUAAACAAAAAGAUAUUGUUAUAAAUAUAUGUGAAGAAGAAAAAAAAAAUAAAUUAAAAAAAAUAUAUGGUUUAUAUAAUUUCCAUUCAAUUGAAAAUAUAAUGUACUUAGAAUUAUAUACCUUAUGUACUUUAAGAAAGCAUCAAGAUUUAAAAAUUGUUAAUUAUAAAAAUGAUUAUUUUUAUCAACUUAAUAAUGAUAUUUUAUUAAAUGUAAAGACAUUAAAAAAUUUGUUAUAUCAUUCAAAUGAUGAAGUUACCUUAUCCAUUUUGACCUUUAUAUGUGAGAAUAAAUAUUUAAAUAUUUGUGAUUUAUAUUUAUUUCUGAGCUUUUUAAAUGUAUCUAUAACGGAUAGUUCUAGGGCUAGUAGAGAUUCAUAUAGAAAAUAUAUUUCUUUAUUUUUUGAAAAAUUUUUUAUAUAUUAUCAAAGAAUGAUAGAAUUUGAGAAGAAGACAAAAAAUAAAAAAAAAAAUAUUAUAGAGAAAGAAAAAGAAAUAAAAAUAACAAUUGAUAUGGAAAAUGAAAAAAAAAAUGAAAAUUUAAUUAAUGAUAUGAAUUUUAUAAGAAAUAAUAAAUUGAAUAAUAUCAAUGAGUAUAAUUCAUCAGAAAAAAGAGUGUCAAAUGAUAAUAUAUUAAAUACAUCAUAUAAUGAAUCCUUUUAUGGAUAUGUUUCACAAAAUAGCAAUCAUACAAAUAUGUAUACUAAUAUUUUUACAUUUCUUUAUGGUAACAAUAUAUUUUAUAAGAAUAGAGACGAUAUGUAUAGUAAAGAUACUUUUUUAAAAAAUAGUUAUUUGUCUUGUAUGUGCUACACACCUAAUGAUAAAUAUAUAAAUGACAGAAAUUAUUUGUUUUUAUACGAUUCUUAUUUAAUGAAUAUAAUUUUUCUUUUAUUUAAAAGUAUAAAUAAAGAUAUGUGUAUUGAAUCAUCUAUUUAUAGUGCAGAUAUUUUAAAUAUAAUAUUUCAAUAUUGUUCAUAUUUUGAAAAUAUUAAUUUUUUCUUUUUCCUUUAUAAUAUAAAAACAACAUGGAAAGAGUUAUAUAUCAUGUCAAAGGAAUUAUUUUUUAAAACUGUGAGUAUUAUUUUAUUAAAGAAGCAUAAGUUUAUAUCAUUAAAUAAUUUAUUUUUACCACUUAUGCAAUCGCAUAAACAAGUUGAUCAUUCCUUUUUUGCCUUUUUAUUACAAAUGUGUUUUAUGUCAUUAAAUCAUAAUAAUAAUAAUAAUAAUAAUUUCUUUUUACUAGAUAAUAUUAAUGAUAAGAAUAAAAGUAUGGUAUUUUUAAAAGACAAUAUUAAUAUAAAAUUUAAUGAAACAGAACCUAUUUGUUUAACUGAUUUUUUUUGUCAUGGUAUUACAAAACAUAUGGAUAUAUUAAAUAUUAAAAAAAGUAAUAUGCAUAUGAUAAAUUAUAUAAAUUACUUAUUUGGAGGUGAUGAUAAUAUAUAUUCCAAAAAAAAUAUAAAUGGUAUUAAUAGAAAUUGUAAUAAUCAUUGUAUAAACAAAAACAUUUCAUCUUAUAAUAUAUAUUAUGAUUAUAUUAAUGAAAAUGAUGAUAUUUUCCUUAUUCAUACAAAUAUUCCAUUGUAUAUAUUACAAAAUUUUAUAUGCAGAAUUAAAAAGGAACACAUAAUAAAAUUAACAAAACAUAAAGAUAUAGAAAAUAAUUGCAUGUAUAAAAUAGCAUAUUAUAUAAAUGAAUUUAUUUUAUAUUUAAUAGAAAAUACACAAUUUAAUAAAACGUUGGAUAUCUCUACUUAUUAUAAAUUUGAUGAAAUAAGUUUAUGUAAAUUAAAUACAUAUUUAAAUUAUGAUCAUUUAAAAUUAUAUGAAUAUAUAAAAAAUGAAAAUGAAAAAAUUAAAAAUAAUUCUUAUUUAAUAUUAUUAAAAAUUUAUAUAUGUAAUAUAUUAUAUUAUGUUAUUAAUUAUUUAAAUUUUCUUUUUUUAAAUAAUUCAAAAAAUUUCUUUUUUGAUUGUAGAGGACAUUUAAUAUUUGAAAAGGAAAAUGAGAAAGAAGCCACUUCCAUUAUAAUAUGGUUAUCAAUAAAGUAUAUCUGUUCAAUGAUUACAUCUAUUGUUGACUUUUGUUUUAAAUAUAAUCUCACAUGUGAUAUAACUCGAAGUGAAGAUAAAUAUAUGAAUGUAAGUCAAAAUAUAAGAGUUAAUGAAAAAAAUGAAAAAAAUGGAAAAUCUCGCCCUAAAAAUGAUGAACCAACAACUAUUAAACAAAAUGAUAAUACUAAAAAAGAAAAACACAAUAAAUCUAUAACAUUUUUUAAUAAUGAAGAAGUACAUUUUAUAAUUCAGAAUCUUUUAUGUUUAUUAUUAUAUUCAAAACAUGUUGCUUGUCAGCAAUAUUUAGCUGACUGCUUACUAAAUAUCUGUAGAAUUAUUGUUUUAAAAAGUAAUGAGGAAAUGCAAUCUAUUCCUUUGUUCUAUAUAUUUAUCAUUUUGCAUAUUUUCAAAAAUGAAAAUAUAAAGAAGCAAAAUCGGAUGAAUCAUGAUAAUCCUUCUGUAAUUGGGUCAAAUGAAAAAGACGAGAAAGAUAAAAAUUUAAGAAAAAAUAAUAAAUUGGAAGAAUCAUAUAUGGACAUAGAAAAAAAGAAGGAUGUUUUUAUUGAAAAAGAAAAGUGUUUGUAUACAAUUAAUAAAAUAGAUCAUGAAAUAGAUGAUAAAACGAACAAUAAUAUUUAUAGUAAUAAUAAUAUUGAAAAAUAUAAUAGUGACAAUACUUAUUAUGAUCAAAAUUUAGAAACGUUGAAUCGAAUUAUUAGUAAGCUGAAUAAUAUAUUGAUGAUGUCAGAAGAAGAAAAUAUGGAUAUCAAUGAUAUACUUUCAAUGAAUUUUAUAAAACAUGGAAAUAAAAUAAAUAUAACAAAUAAUUCAAAAAAGGAUAAAAAUUUAGAUAAGGAUAACACAUCUGAUACAGAUGAUGCUAGUUAUUGUAAUCACAACUUUAAUAUGAAUAGAAAGUUAAAUAUGCUAAUAUUAGACAGUAAAAGAGUUAAUAUUAAUUUUUUAAGAAAAUCGAAUAAUAUGUGCUUAGCUUUAGGUUGUUUAACAAAAUCAUAUAGAAUAAAAGAACAAUAUAUAAUAUAUAAUUUUAUUAUAAAAAUUAUUUUAAAUUAUUUAUAUAAUGGUAAUAACCAAUAUAAAAAGGUUAUAUGUUUAAAUAUAAUAAAACAUAUAUAUACUACUAUAGAUAAUAAAACAUUAUAUGAAUAUAUUAACGAUAUAUAUAAUAUAUCUUUAACAUAUUAUAAAAGUGAUUUAUUUUCAUUAAAGAAUUCAAGUACAUCUUUAUAUAAUAUAUUAACGAAAAGAUUAUUAUCCAAAUUAAAUUCUUCAUAUCAUGUAUCAUCAAAUAUGUAUUAUUUCUGUACAGGUAGUAAAAAGAGAAUAUUCAAAAAUAUGAAUUUAACAUUUUUUGAUAUAUUAAAUUCGAUUCAUUUAUUACAAGUAUUUUUAAAUGUGUUUAUUAAAAAAUGCAAACUUUUAAUGAAUCAUUUUAAUAAUCAAAAUGAAAGUAAAUCUUAUUUUGAUUAUUCAAAUUUCUUUGCUGAAUUUAUACCCAUUUUAAUAUUUCUUUCAAACAUAAUAAUAUUUAAUAAUGAUGAUUAUUUUUUAUUAAAAAGUAAUAAAGGAGAUUUAGCAUCCACCAAUAAGAUACCAGAAUGUUUUUUUAAGAAUGAAAAGAAUAAGAAUAAUAAUAUAUAUAAACAAGAAUAUAAUGAAGAAAUUUUAAUUCAAAAAAAAUAUAACCAUGAUAAAGAAAAAUGUGCUGAUUAUAAUAAUGUUAAUGCAAAUAUUAAAAAUGAUACAAGUGAUUAUAUAAAUAGUAACAUAAAUAUAUAUUUCAUUUUUUGUGAUUAUUUAAAAAAAUUAUUUAGAUAUGGAAAUUAUUUUGUACAAGUUUUAGUAUGCAGAAUUAUUGUUAAUGUCUAUUUGCAUAUAUAUCUAAAAUUGAAAAAAAAGAAUGUGAUCUUUAAUUUUUUAAAAAAUAUUCUUAUAAAUGUGAUAAAAAAUGAAAUUGAUAGUAAAGGUAAAAUGAAUGAAAAGAAUAAUAAUCAUACAAUUAAUAGUAAUAAUCACAACAUUGAUAGUAAUAAUCACAACAUUGAUAGUAAUAAUCACAACAUUGAUAGUAAUAAUCACAACAUUGAUAGUAAUAAUCACAAUAUUAAUAGUUACAAUAAUCCUUAUCUACUUUUAUUUAUCGAAUUUAUUCGAAGGAUAGAAUUUCAAUAUUUAAUUGAAGAAAAUAAAAAAAAAUUUAGGAAAAUAUUCUUUCAGUUUUUGUACAUCUUUUUAAAAAGCAACACAUAUACAGAAAAUUUCUUAAUUCUGCAAAUAUUAAAUAUUUUAUAUAACAAAAUAAGUAUUUGUAUAAAUAAAAAUAUAGUUAUUUUAUUAUAUAAUAAGUUAUUAUCAUAUAAUAAUGAUAUGUUCAUAUGUGUAUUAGUUAAUGAAUUGUUAAUAAAAAUAACCAAAACGGUGAGUAAUUUGGUUUGUCUUUUAGAUUUAUAUAUGUAUAAUAAGAAUGAAGUUUUUAUUGAAUCCCUUUUAUACAACUGGUUUUUGAAUAUAAAACGAAAUGAAAAAAAAAUAUUCAAGGAAAAAGAAAAUAGUUUAAGUAACACAUCAAAUUAUUCUUCUUUUAAAUUUUUUUAUGAAAAUUGUCAUAAUAUGGUAUAUCCUUUUUUAUAUAUAAAAAAAGACGAUAUAAAUAUGAAAGCAUGUCCUCCAAAAAAUAGAGUGAAUAAUAUAGAAGAAUAUAUAAAUGAGAUAGAAUAUGAAAGAUUCGAUGAAAAAAUAUAUAUAUAUAUUUAUUUAUUAUUAUUUGAGAUUAUUGAUAUAUAUAAAAAUAAUAUGAAAAUAAAAAAAUAUUGCUUCAAAAUAAUAUUAUCAGUUGUUGAAUAUAUAUCUCUUGAAAAUUUAGUUAUAUUUGAAAAAAUGAAAUCAUAUUAUAUAGAUAAUAUACAUAGUCAUUAUUUAGAUAAGUAUAUUAUAUCAUAUAGUUAUCUUAUUUGUUUAAAAUAUUUUAAUAAAAAAAUGAAAGAACAGUAUUGUAAAAAUGCAACUACCAAUCGUGUUUCAAGAAAUCAUUUUAUACAAAGUAUAUAUGAUUAUAUUAAUGACGAAAAAAAGAAAUAUAUCAAAUUAUCUUUAUCAAAUGGAAAUAUUUAUCCAAUUGAUAUUUUUAAUUAUGUAUAUUUUUAUCAACUCAUUUUUAUGAAUUUUUUUUCAUUAUUAUAUAAUAAAAAUUCUUCCACAUAUGCAAAAUAUUUUGUAAACGCAUUCCUUAAUUAUGGUAUUAUUGAUUAUGAUGCUGAGGAAAUAAAAAACAAAGAAAAUAUCCUUAAAAUGGAUAAGAGGGUAUUACCAUCAGAAUUUUUUAUGAGAUAUCAACAAAUUAAGGAUGGAAAGAAAAAUAUUUAUAAAAAGGGAAAUGUUGGAAGUGAGUAUAUUAGUAUGAAUAAAAAUAAUAUAUCAAAUAGUUAUGAAGAAAUGAUUUUAAAUAACGAGAAUAUCAUAAUGAAAAAGGGUUAUAGUGAUGAAAAUGGUAUGAAGAAAAAUAAAUGGAUUACCCCAAAAAAGGAUAAUAAUGAUAAUAAUGAUAAAAGUGAUAAAAGUGAUAAAUGUGAUGAUCAUAAUAAUGAUGAUCAUAAUAAUUAUUGUAGUGACUAUCAUAUAUUGGACACGAAUUUAAAAUAUUUCAAGUGGUAUAAACAGAAACAACAACAAAAUAUUAAAAAAAUUGUACAUGAUAAAAUUGCCAAUCAAAAUAUAACAUUCGAUAUUAUAUAUAUAAAAAAUCCACUAAAAUAUGUAAGAAGCUAUAAUUUGUUCACUAGCUUUUUUAUUGUAUUAUAUAGUUGUCUAAUAUAUAUGUUAAAUGAUGAAAGCGAAUUAAUUAGAUAUAAAACCAAAAUUAGUGUCCUAUCAUUUAUGAAAAGAAAUGUAUUACAUUUAUCAAAGAAUAUCAAUUAUGUUACUUGUUCUGAAUUUUUUAUAUAUUAUAUUAUUAAACAUUUUAAAGAUAUCAGCUCAUCUAUUUUAAUUUUUUGUAUUAAUCAAACCAAACCUUGUAUUAAAGAUGAACAUUAUUAUAAGCCAUUGAAAUUAUUUGAUCAAGAAAAGUAUAAUUUGUAUAUUAAUAAUAUAUCAUUGAAUCAUUUGUUUAUAUUCUAUUAUAUAUAUAAUAUUAUAGAUAUUAUGGAGAAGAAGGAAAACAUCAUAAAGCAAAAAAAUGUUCUUAAUAAUUAUAAAAAAGACCAUAAAAGGAUUAAUAAAAUGAAUAAUGAACAUAAUAUAAUAAAAAGGGUUUAUAAUAAUAAUAAUAUCAAUUUUGUUAAUUCAGUCGUUCAACCACUUACUGAACGCAAUAAUAAUUUAUUAUAUCAAGAAAACAAUAUAGUAUAUUCUCAGAAUAAAGAAAAAGAAGGAGUCAUUAAUUUUUUUACAUUCCUUGAUACUAUGGAUAAUCAAAAAAAAGAAGUAUUUAUAAACAAUAUAAAUAUUAAGAAAUUUAAACAUGAUAUAUUUGAACGUGAUAUAUAUAUACGUAAUAUUAUAUUAUAUAAGAAUAAUUUUGGAUUAUUGAAAUAUAGAGGUACAUGGAAACAUAUUAUGAAUGAAUUAUUGUUGUUAAACCAUACAAAUUUUAAUUGUAGUAAGGAAAAUAACAAUUUGUGGAAUGAAAAAAAUUUCAUAGAAAUUAUUAUGUCAAUUAUAAAAAUGAAAUAUAUUUCAAAAAUUAAAAAAAGUUUAGAUGAUUAUAUACAUCUUUUUUGUUUUAAUAAAAAAGUAGAUUUCUUUGAUUCAAACAUUAUUAUUUGUUUUACUAAUUUAAUUAAUAGAAUAAUUAUUUUACUAAUUAAUAUAUAUCUUUUCUUUAAUAAACAAAAUAUUAUAAUUCAUUAUUAUAAUAGUUUUUUUUAUGAUCAAAUAAUGAGAAUUAAAUGUAAAGUAUUAUCUAUUUAUAAUAAAUUUGUUUUAAGAAAAUAUGAAAUUAAUCCAUUUCUUUUAAAAAAUAUGAAACUUUUAUUACACUUACUCAGUACCUCCUUUUUAAAAAAUGAGGAUUUUUUUUGUGAUAUAUAUAAAGUUUUAUAUUCUUUGAAAAAUUCUAUAUAA